AUGGCCGAGUCAGAAUACACAGACGAUGAGACAGAAUAUGAGGGGCCGUCUCACCAGACGGUUGUCAUGGACGCGCUCCUGACACCAUUCCGCGCGCUGGUCUCCACGACGGCUCUGCGCAUAUACCUGAAUGUCCUCCUUUUCCUCGGGGCCACACUGCUUCUCCUGGGCAUCUCAGGCGUCGCAUACGGCAUAUUCUACUACAGAUUCAUUCCGACGGUCGGAGUUGAUCGGGAGGUCCAUCUACAAUUUGGCGACGGUAACCCUUGGGGAACUGCUUCCUUCGAGUCCGAAUUUGUCUCCUUCCAAGCAUACGAUGUUGCCGUGGCGCUCGAUCUACCCCGAACUCCUUCGAAUCUCGACGCCGGCAAUUUCAUGAUCGACCUGACCCUAUAUUCUCGCGACGAUAGCUCUGGCUCACUGCUUCCUACGUCCGGCAAUGCACUCAAACCAAUCUCACAGGCUCGCAGACCGGCAAUCUUGACUUAUACCUCGCCACUUGUCGAUGUCGCGAAGAGAAUGGUCCGCCUCCCGCUGUACGUGGUCAGUUGGCGCCGGGAAGCCGAAACAUUGGAAGUGCCGAUGAUGGAAAGGGUGGAGUUUGCUCGAGGCGCUCGAAACCUCCCGCAGAGCUUACGUCUUGAAAUUCAGAGCGAUGCGAAGAUGCAGGUUUACUCGGCACGAGUAGAAUUUCGCGCUAGGUUUACAGGGCUUCGGUGGUUCAUGUAUCGUUGGAAGCUAACUUCUUUUGUGAUUUUCAGCUCCAUGUUCUGGAGUGUAUCCAUGGCUUCUGCUGGCCUAACUUGGUUCCUGUUGACUUGGGCUCUACAACCUGCGACAGAGACAAAGGAGGAAAUCAAGGAAGAAUCGAGAGAACUCAUUAAAGAAGAAGCCGAGGACAGCCUGUCGUCUAGUGAGUUGUUCAAGGUCAAGCGGGAGGAACCCGAGAGCAGCUUACUCCGAAGCUAUUCUUCGGAAGGUGAGGAUGCUGGUCUAGGCUCAGGACUCGAAAGAGCCGAGGCGCGCGGAGUAACUAACGACGACGGACCGCCGUCGAACCAAUCCUCGCCUUAUGUCCAUUCCCUCGUCCACUCCCUUCAGUCCGCUGGGCACACCGUCUCGGUCGUUCUUCCACACCAGCAGCGAUCGUGGAUCGGUAAGGCGCACAUCGUCGGCGCCUCUAUCAAACCUACCUAUUUCCGCCCAGGCACUCUUUACCAGGAGGACGGGACAAUACACCACCUUCCGAAAGGUAGCAAUGGGGAACCUGAUGACGAUGGGGACGAAUGGAUAUUGAUCGACUCUACUCCGGCAAGCUGCGUCCAGAUCGGUCUAUACCAUUACUUUCAAGAGCGAGGCCCGAUCGAUGUUGUAGUUUCCGGCCCGAACUAUGGGCGCAACUCCACGGCACUAUUCGCGCUGUCAAGUGGAACCAUCGGCGGUGCUAUGGAGGGCGCUGUAUGCGGCAAGCGCUCAAUCGCGUUGUCCUAUGCAUUUAGCUCCCGGAAUCACGACCCUGUCAUUAUUGCAGAGGCAUCAAAGCACUCUGUCCGGCUGAUCGAAUACCUAUGUGCUAACUGGGCCGACGAUGUGGAUCUCUAUAGUAUUAACGUUCCUUUGGAACCUGGCGUGAGCCAGAACAAGGUGCUCUACACGUCCAUGCUAGAGAACAAGUGGACUACUGGGAGUUGCUUUCAGCCUGUCGACGCUGGCACUGCCGACGACCCCGAACUACAGGAACAGCGACUACGUGAUGAGAGUGAAUCUCUGGCUGGCAAGAAAUCCGAACCGAAUGGCAGUGCUACGAAGUCUGGCCCCACUAGAUUCCAACACACUCACUUCAAGUGGGCGCCCAACCUUCACGACGUCUAUCGUAGCGUUGAAGAGAGCGCGCCCGGCAACGACGGCUGGGCCGUUAAGGAGCAAAUGACCAGUGUUACGCCUCUCAAAGCAUGCUUCAAGCAUACACCCGGUAUCACGGGGGAAAUCAAGCUAUCGGACAACCAGCCUACGGUGUAUUCCAUUGUUGACUGCGACGACCCUUACGUUCAAGCACUCGUCGAGCAAGCAUUGACCCGCCGUCUGGGAAGUGCUGCUCGAACCCAGCGCAUCUCAGACACCUCUGAUCUACCCGAUUCCUCUGCGCCUAUGUUUCAAUACCGUGAAUAUGAGCGCAUCGACUUCGAGCACACCAUGUCCAGGUCAUCGACUUCCCUAGCAAACGCAUAUAUCAUCCGAAAAGCCCUGAUCCGCAAACACUACCUCUCGAAUACUGUGGCGAACUGGAUAUCCAAGCACCCGGAAAGCGUCCUGCGCCACCACUUCAAGCCCGCUUUCGACUUCGAACUCGACUACUCGGAGUUUUUAGACGAAGCCCUAUUAGAGGCGUAUGAGCUUCGCGAGAGCCUGGAAAAGAACGAAGAGCGACCUGAGGCUGAAAAGGAAUGGUGGAUCCUCAAGCCCGGCAUGAGUGACCGGGGCCAAGGUAUCCGACUGUUCAACAGUGAGGAUCAACUGCGUGAGAUCUUCGAGGAAUGGGAUGAAGAUUCUGAUGAGGACGAGAGUGGAUCCGAAGGAAACGAGGAUGACAAUGCCGCACCAGCUGCCCACGACGCGGGCUUAGUUACAUCGCAACUGCGCCAUUUCAUGGCUCAACCCUACAUUGACCCCCCACUACUCCUGCCCUCAUCUUCUAACCGCAAAUUUCACAUCCGAACCUAUGUCCUGGCCACCGGAGCCCUGAAGGUCUACGUUUUCAAGGAGAUGCUUGCUCUUUUCGCAGCAAAGCCUUAUUGUGCUCCACAUGAGGAAGACGACGACGUCAAGGACCUGGCUCGCCACCUGACCAACACUUGUUUCCAAGAAGGUGGCAGUUCGAACGAGGGCAGCGUGCGGCGAUUCUGGGAUCUUGACCACCAUGUCCCCGGUCUGUCAGCAGACUGGAAGGAGAAGAUUUUCGAACAGAUCUGCGCUGUGACUGGCGAGGUGUUUGAGGCUGCUGCGCGGGGCAUGAUGGUUCAUUUCCAGACUCUGCCCAAUGCCUUCGAGUUGUUUGGUGUUGACUUCUUGGUCGAUAGCACUGGAUGUGCGUGGCUGCUGGAGCUCAAUGCCUUCCCAGACUUUGCACAGACGGGUGAGGAUCUCAAGGAGGUUGUAGUUGGACGGCUGUUUGAGGAGAUGAUCGAUGUGGCUGUUAAGCCCUUCUUUGGCCUGGAAACGGGUUCUUAUCAAGGAGAUAUGAAGCUGGUGGCCGACCUGGAUCUCGGCAGACACGCCUAA